AUGGAAAAUGAAAUAGAAAAAGAAAUAAAUGAAGAAAAAAUAGUAAGUGAAAUUGUAAAUCAAAACAAAAAUUACAAUAAUAUAAUUGAUAUUAAUAGAAGUAAAUAUGAUAACUUAUCAAAAGAAGAACAGGAAUAUUAUGUUGGUAAGCCAUAUAGUUGGGAAUACAUAGAAAAUAGUAAAAAUUGGUUUAUUAUAGAAACAAGUAAAAAUUAUAAAUUUUAUUUUAAUAAAAAAACGAAUGAGAAGACAUGGAAUUGCCCAUUAGAAUUAGAUGAAAUAUUAAAAAAAGAAAAAAAAGAAGAGAAAAUUGAUAAUGAAGAAGAAAUAGAGAAUAUAAAUAAUAAUAAUUUAAAAAUAAGUGAAGAAAGUGAAAAUAUGAAGAAUAUUUUGAAAGAGUAUAAGGAUCUUCUCAUAGAAAAAAAUUUAAAUGAAUUUUCAAAAUAUGAAAGUGUUUUAGCAAAUAUUCUAUAUGAUAGAAGAUUUUUAAGUGUACCGAAAGAAAUGAGAAAAGAAUAUUUUUAUAAAUUAAUAAAAGAAGUUCAAGAAGAUAAAAAAAAUGAAUUAAAAACAUUAAUUGAAAAUUUUCAAAAUUUAUUAAAUAAAAAAGAGGAAGAAUUUUUUUAUCCAUUUAGGGAAAAAGAUGCAAUUAAAUUUCUAAAAGAUAGAAAUGAAUACAAAGGAAAUUGUUCUGAAUAUUGGAUGAACACUAGAAAUAAAAUAUUGAAAAAUUUUUUAGAAAAAAAAAAAAAAGAAAAAGAGAAAAAAGUAGAAAAAAAAUUCGAAGAUACCUUAAAUGAUUAUUUAAGAGAUGAAAAUCCAAGAAUAUGGAUAAAAAUAAAAAAUAAUUUAAUAAAAAAAAAAAAAUAUGAAAUCCUUUCUUAUGAUAAAAAAGACAGAAUAUUUGAAAGUGUAAGUCAAAAGCUUUUAAAAAAAAUUAAAGAUAGGAAUAAAGGAAGAGAAAAUAAACACUCAGAUUUAAAGCAUAAAGAGCAUUCAAAAAAAGAUAAAAUAAAUAGAAACGAAAAAAAUAUUUUUUUAGGAAUUUUAUCUGAAAAAUUAAAAUUUCCUAUCAUAAAUGACGACAUUUUGAAAUAUGAUACUUGUAUUAGUAAAAAAGAAAAUUUUGAACAAAUAUGUUCUAUUCCUGAUAAUAUUACCAUUAAUGAAGAAUAUAAAAAAUUAUCUUUAAGUGAUAAUGAAAAAUUUGAUUUAUAUAGAGAAUUUAUAAAUAAUUAUAUAAAUAUAAAAUUAAAAACUUUUGAUAAAUACUUAGCUAACUUAUCGGUUAAUUUUAUUAAUAAUUCAUUUGAUGAAAUAAUAAAAUUAAUUGAUAAAGAUAACAAAAUAUUUUCAUCUUUAAAAUAUGAGCACUUAGAAAAAGUCUAUUUAAAAUGGAAAUGCUAUAAAAUAAAGGAAGCAAAGCAAAUAUUUAAAGAUUAUUUGAAGAAAUCAAAUUUUAUUAAACAUAAUUCAGAUGAAAAAGAAAAUUAUAAGAAAUUAAUCGAUACUUUAUCAUUGGAUAUUAGUUAUCAAAGAUUAGAAUGUGUUUCUGAAGAAAGAGAAAAUAUUAUAAAAGAAAGAAUAAGAGAAUUAAAAAUAGAGCAUGAGAAAAAUAAAAAUUUAGUUGAGAGAUUGAACUUUAGUUAA